AUGUUAUAUUCACAGAUAGCAUUAUCAAUUAGCCUUGUAAUAAUCUGGAACAUUCUAUCAACAAAAGGUGACUGUAUUCCAUUGAAUGGAGCUUGUACAAAAACUAUAUUUGCUCCAUGCUGUAAUAAUACAGUAUGUAAAUUGUCUGGGCCAUUCUCUGGUAAAUGUGUGGAAUGCCUUAAACCAUUUUCAUGGUGUUGGAAUAGUGAUGAAUGUUGUUCAAAACAAUGUAGUUGGUUCAGAUGUUUUAAUAGCGUCGAACAAUAA